AUGGCCAGCUCCGAUAGUAACAAUUUCUCAUCGUCUUCUCCUCACCGUCUCCCGACAGUAUCUGCCUCCCAAGCGCUCCAAAAUAUUUCGUCGACUCCGAGAAGGCCAAUCCCAACAGGACUGAAGAGCCUCGAUGCCUUCUUGCAAGGCAGGGAGCAUGAGGACUCAAGCCAGACUGUUCCUCCUGUUGGUAUUCCACGUGGAGAAGUGACAGAGAUAUAUGGUCCUCCUGGGAUUGGCAAAACGACAUUAGCAAUGCAAAUCACUGCAAGCGCUCUCCAAUCGGGCGGAUCCGUUGUCUGGGUAGAUGCGUCCUACGAAAUCACCGGUUCAAGGUUAAGAGAUAUCCUCUCCGUUGUCCCUAUUUCUGAAGGAGAGGCAACUUCAGAUCCCGCGUCGGUUGACCGGUAUCUCGAAAAGUUCCAUCAUUUCAUCACGCCAUCAUUGCCUCAUCUGCUAGCUCUCCUGACUCACCAAUCUUCAACCUUUCCACCUACGGAGACCAAUCUCGUAGUAGUCGACUCCAUCUCGACUUUGUUCGCCUUGGCUUUCCCGAAGACAGCGGAGAAUGCAAGCAGCCAGCAGAACCCGAUCAGGAAAAGCGACGCGGGUCAAUGGGCCUCAGGCAGACGUUGGGCAGUGAUGGGUGACUUGAUCUCCAAGAUCAGCAGACUCGCCGCAACGAAGAGCAUUGCAAUCCUCUUGACGAGUCAGACAACUACAAGAAUCAGAUCAGAGACUGGCGCCGUGCUACAUCCAGCCAUCUCUGGCACGGCGUGGGAUACGGGAAUUAGUACGCGUAUUGUGAUCUUCCGAGAUUGGUUUUUUCAAGCAUCAGAGACUGCGAGUAGUCAAGGAGAGUACAUACCAGGUGUAAGACUUGCCGGUGUCAUGAAAGCCAAGGGUAUCUCGUACGAAGGCGUUGGCAAAGUCGUCAUGUUCGUGAUAGAGAAGACCCGUCUCCGGGAGAUCACAGUGGACCAGACGAAGAUCAGACUAAACGGAUCGCCCGUCUUGCCAGCUACAUCCUUGAAGCGUAAACGAGGAGAGAUUGCCAACAGUCAGUCAGAGGACGAGGAAGCAGAAUCUGACCAAGAAUUCGGCUGGGCUGCAGACGAUCAUAUACUGACCACGGAAGCGCUGCUUGAAUGA